AUGUCGGCUGAUCAGCCUGAGAGUAGUUCAGUAUCCGAAGAUCUUGCCUUCUUGGACUCCAUUAGCCGCCGUAUUCUGGCCGGCGAUUUUGAACCUUCUUUAACUUCUAUAGAUGACGUCGUUUCCUUUGACUGGUCGUCUUUACAUGGAGGGACUACUUCCAGUUUUACCAGCCUUCUCCUCAAGAAUUCCACUCUACCGUUAAAUCUUGACAAGGACUUUAGCUUUGCAUGUCCUUCGCCUGGAAAAGUGGAACUGCCGCAGCCGCCGCGGGAGGUGAGUCGAGUGGAAGCUGAGACGGUGGUGAGUGGGAAAAGAGUGCAUUAUAGGGGGGUGAGGAGGAGACCGUGGGGAAAGUACGCGGCGGAGAUACGGGAUCCGGAGAAGAAGGGGUUGAGGGUUUGGCUAGGGACUUACGAAACGCCUGAAGAUGCGGCUUUGGCUUAUGAUAAAGCGGCUUUCAAGAUCCGUGGCUCAAAAGCUAAGCUCAAUUUCCCUCACUUGAUCGGCUCAAGUAACAUAGGACCUGUUAGAGUGGGUCCAAGGCAUCGCUCACCUCCAGAGCCGUCGACUUCUUCAUCGUUUUCCAAUGUCGAGCAGCAGCUCACCGAUGCCGAGAAAUAG